GGUCGAGAUGGCGCCACUGCACUCCAGCCUGGGCUACAGAGCAAGACUCUGUCUCAAAAAAAAAAAAAAAGACUUGGAUUCUCUUCUGCCCUUGUUAAUCUCCAACUAAUUACUAGAGAUUGACAUGUUUUUAAUUAGCUGUCCUUUCUAAGAAGUCAGGAAAUCUGAUGCUGUGUCCAAAAUUAUGCACUGUUUGUUGAACUAGAACCCUGGCCUCCUGUUAAAUGAUGUCCGUUUCCCCCUCUGAGCAACAGAGUGCUUGUCUUGCUAGGAGAGGAGUAUGGAGGGGUGAGCACUCAGGCUGUCAGUUGAAACACCUUGUCCGUGAAUAGGGUCAUACUCCUAAGACUGACGGGAUGUUGAUCUUCUAGGACAUCACUUGUUUAUUGAGUGCCCCAAACAUACAGAUGUGUAGCACUUUAGAGUUCAUCCUUGAAGUCUCUCCUGGUUCAUUCAAAUAUAGGCUGUGUGAGUCUGGUGGCUUUCUGUAAUUGGUCUAAUGUGAGCUCUUCGAACAGACAGAUCUGACAGUGAAUGACUCCCCUGCUUCUGGCAUAAUUGCUUUGCCUCUGUCUAGUGUCCAAGCCUCUUAGCUGGUCAAGAGGAGAGGGCAGCAUAACUUCCUGACCAUCGGUGUCAGACGUCGGAGCAUUCUGGACUCCUGAGAGGCUGUGGCCUCUUGAGUGAACGGAGGGGGCUAGUAGAUGCCCCAGAUGCAGAGCCGUGGCUGCAAAUCCAGCAGGAAUAAGGAGGGACAACCACAGCGUCCUCAUCUGUGUGUCAUUUCCAAGGGUUUGCCUUGUGUCUCAGCUCAUUCCGGGGAGCCUGUUUGUCUUCUCUCCCUAGAGAUUUGAAGGAUUCUGGACUCUUGUACUUGGCUGUACUUGUACGUGACUGUACUUGGCUUUAUGGAGUUGGGUGCUUUUUUCUCUCUGCAAUUACCUGUCAUAGCAUUUUGUGCUCACCAUGGAGGACGGUCUCUGCCUUCUCUUGUCAGUGUAUGCCGUCCGAACCUAGGAACACAACGUGUAUUGGCAUAAACAGAUGGAGACCCAGGGUUGAGGGUUGCCAGUUUUCCGUGGGCCUUCCCCUCCCUUGAAAUGCCCUUAGUUACCUCCACUUCAUUGUCAGACCACGUGUGACUUCUUUUCUUAGCACUGCCAGGGUCAUUGACUUCCAUCUAAGCUUGCAUCAGGAAGAUGUUCCUUCUGUGAUCGUUGGUACUGAAGCCAGAAAAUCUCUCAUUCAGGAACUCUGAGGAGCAAAAAGGGACAAACACUAACUGCUAAGCUGGGCCAUUUGAUCUCCUUUCACCUUGCAUUGCUGUCACAGCACCUCAAAUGAGGGCAGGACAGGCUCCAGCAGAGAGAACUGCACAAUGAUCAGUGUAUUUUUCACGGUUUUCCAGGGAUCCCUGUCCCCCCACAUUCAAGAGAUCUCAUUCAGGCCAGAGACACAGAGACCACAUUGCCCAGUGAUUAAACCCCGGUUUCACUCUGGCCCCAGGAGUAGAGCCUGGCCACUCCUGUUUGGUUCUCACUGGGAGGCACACUGGCCCUGGAUCGUCUCCUCAUGCACAGCCGGAGUUUUACCUGUUUGCUUGCUUUCCUGGACUGGUGUUUCCAAGAAAGUAACUAAAGUGUAUGAAAAGUAAACCUCCAGCUUCCAGAGUAUAUUACCUGCCUUUGCAUGUAUUUGAAAUUUAGCGUCCUCCCUCGCCACCAUCUUGGUGGCAGUAGCGGUGCAAGAAUGAUGGGAGCUUUCCAAGAGCGUUGAGUGCUUCGCUGAAGACAGGAAGCACUCAACCUGUAGCCUUCAUUUCUGGCUCUGCUUCUCCUCUGGUGUAGGGACACAUUUCCUGGCAUUUGGCUGAGUCUACACCACUUUUUGAGAACCUGAAAUAGAAGGGAAUCUUCUGUGACCCGCAGUUUCCAUAUUGGCCCUAGAAUACUGGCCUGGUGGAGGAAUUUGCAUUGGCUUGGUUUCAGGGGUUAGCUACAAGGGUCAGUUUUAUGUCUCUCUUGCUUCGCCAGUGUGGUCAAUCAGGGUCUUCUUUAACAUCUAAGAUAGGGACUUGGUUGGCCGGGUGUGUUCGCUCACUCCUGUAAUCCCAGCACUUUGGGAGGCCCAGCAAGGUGGGAGAAUUGCUUGAACCCAGGAGGCAGAGAUUGCAGUGAGCCAAGAUUGCACCACUGCACUCCAGCCUGGGUAACAGAGUGAGACUCUGUCUCAAAAAAAAAAAAAAAAAAAAAAAAAAAUCUAAGAUAGAGGUUUGGUCAACAGUGGUUAAUAAUAAAUAACAACCUCCUGCCAUUCUAAUUUUCCUGCUGCACCCCAUCCCCCAAACACCCAUCACAAACAUUGAUAUAAGCAGUAUUAGCACAGUAUAAAGAAUGUUCACCUUGCACAUGUCAUUUCAGGCACAUGGAUUCAGGAGAAGCACAGUUGAGUGGAAGAAAUGGUAGAUGUGUGAGGCUUGCCCCAGGCCCUGUGUACACACAGUAAGUGGUGCCCAUGGGUCUCCGUCAGCACCUCCUCCCCGCCACCAUUUCGGGCCAACACUUCAAGGUGCUGAGUUGUAAGGCUCCCCCAUUGUCAAUACCGGGCUCGUCUUUGCAGCCCUGAUCACUACCAGUACACUCUUUUUCAAGAUAACUGAGUAUUUUUGUAUGCCUUUGCCUCCCCUUUGUCCAUAAAACAUCAAGAGUUGUUUGUGAUUCUUGACUUCUCCGAGCAGAGUGUCUGCAUCUCUUGGAGAGUUACACAUUUCUUCAUGGGCCAUUUUUCUCAUUCUUAGAUGCACCUGUUUUUAUCCUUUCAAACCAUCUUCUGCCUUCUUGUUUUCCUGUCAAAGACAGAAAUUACAGGAGAUAGGGAGGAUUUUUUAGCAUCUCUUUCAAAAGAUCUAUGUCAGAAUUUCCUUUGCACACCAAGAACUGGAGCUUAGAGCCCUGCUAUUCUCUAAGCCAGGUUCUAGUGCCUUACACUCCAGAAUGUCAGAUGGUGGGUGCAGAUCGGAAGAAAGAGAAAAGUUCAUCUCAGCGUGUGGGUUCCCAUCCGCCCCACAUAGCCUCUCCUUCCUCAGAACAAUGGGCGUGGGCUAGAAAGCUCUUUCAGUGAAGGGUUUUCUAGCAGCUCAGUUAACACUUUACUCUCUGGUCAACACUUGGGAUGUAUAAAAAUGCCAUUGUAAUUACUGUAGAGUCCUGUGACUCAUCGUUUGUGUUUGUCAAUGUGCAGUUCAGCUUAGCUCUUCUCUGUUCCUGUGUAGUUACAAUGUGGCCCUGAAGACAUCCGAGGCACUUCAGUAAGUGGGAUCUUUUCUAGAGAUCCUUGGUGACUUUGGGUGCACAGGGUGACCGAGCAUUUCUGCCCCUGUGAAUGUGGCACUAACACUGUGCACUGUCUCCACCAAGCAAGGUUUUCACUGAGUUUCUUCUGACGUUACUAGGUUUGUAAAUGAAUAAACAGACAUUUUAACUACUCUUGCACGGCUGCUUGUGAAAUGUUCUUCAUCUGUAGCGACUUAAACGUGCUUGCUACCAGAAAGCAUAAACAGUGUGCAGAGGAGUGUGUGUGCCUCCCUGUGUUACCACAGUGUAAGGAAAGAUUUGUGAAUGGGGGUAGGGAAGAUGCAGGUGUUUAUCUUACCCUCCCUGCAACGCUGGAGUGACUGGGGGGGAAAGUUUCCCGACUCCUCCUGAAGUUCCGACCGGCCAUCUGCCUACAGCUGACCUCAUAGGAGGAACUUGCCACCUGACGUUCCAUGCGGGCAUGUGUGCGCUCAGGAUGAAUUGCACGGCCUGCUCCCUUGGGUUUCCAGGUCGCGGGAGAUGAGCAAAACUGAAUGACCUCAGUAGGCCAAGAGCAAAGGACGUGGGUCCAGACCUGGUGGCCAGUUGCUUGUGAUGGGAGCUGGGCUGGAGUCCCCAAGUGCCACUAGUACUGACAUCUUUUAACUAUGUUCAUUGUGACUUGUUUAUUUAUAAAAGUAACCACUGCGCCUUGGUGUGGACUGAACUCUGAACUCCAGAUGCAUGCGGUGAGUUAACCAUGGUCUGGGGAGCUCUGUUUCCAUGCCCAGGACAUGCAUCUGUGAGCAUCAUAUGUGAGCAGAUAUAGCCAUGCCUCUGGUGAUUUGAACGCCUGCGCUUUCCAGCUGCUUCAGGGCCCUGAACAUCGAUGGAUGUUUGUACUUCAUUCCCUCCUCAGCCCAGCUGGUCCCACUCCGCGACUGUGCUCUAGGCAUUUCAUCUCAACUGGGUGACAUACUUGAAUACAGCAAUUAUGAGAACAGCAACCUCAGAAGAACAUCUGGCAUCCAGACCUCGCCAGCCUAUUUACACAAGCCCAGCCUGACUCCUGGAGAUUGUGAAUAGCUCCAUCCAGCCUGAGAAACAAGCCGGGUGUUUGAGCCAGGCUGUGCUCGGAGUGCCUGACAGGCCCAACAGACCCAUGCUGCAUUCGGAGACCUCCCCUGGCCGGGGGCACCUCCUGGCUGUGCUCCUGGCCUUCCUUGGCACCACCUGGGCAGAGGUGUGGCUACCCCAGCUACAGGAGCAGGCUCCGAUGGCCAGAGCCCUGAACAGGAAGGAGAGUUUCUUGCUCCUUUCCCUGCACAACCGCCUGCGCAGCUGGGUCCAGCCCCCUGCGGCUGACAUGCGGAGGCUGGACUGGAGUGACAGCCUGGCCCAACUGGCUCAAGCCAGGGCAGCCCUCUGUGGAACCCCAACCCCGAGCCUGGCGUCCGCCCCGUGGCGCACCUUGCAAGUGGGCUGGAACGUGCAGCUGCUGCCCGCGGGCUCAGCGUCCUUUGUCAAAGUGGUCAGCCUGUGGUUUGCAGAGGGGCAGCGGUACAGCCACGCGGCAGGGGAGUGUGCCCGCAAUGCCACCUGCACCCACUACACACAGCUCGUGUGGGCCACCUCAAGCCAGCUGGGCUGUGGGCGGCACCUGUGCUCUGCAGACCAGGCAGCGAUAGAAGCCUUUGUCUGUGCCUACUCCCCCGGAGGCAACUGGGAGGUCAACGGAAAGACAAUCGUCCCCUAUAAGAAGGGCGCCUGGUGUUCGCUCUGCACAGCCAGCGUCUCGGGCUGCUUCAAAGCCUGGGACCAUGCAGGGGGGCUCUGUGAGGUCCCCAGGAACCCUUGUCGCAUGAGCUGCCAGAACCACGGACGUCUCAACAUCAGCACCUGCCACUGCCACUGUCCACCUGGCUACACGGGCAGGUACUGCCAAGUGCGGUGCAGCCUGCAGUGUGUGCACGGCCGGUUUCGGGAGGAGGAGUGCUCGUGCGUCUGUGACGUCGGCUACGGGGGAGCCCAGUGUGCCACAAAGGUGCAUUUUCCCUUCCACACCUGUGACCUGAGGAUCGACGGAGACUGCUUCAUGGUGUCUUCAGAGGCAGACACCUAUUACAGAGCCAGGAUGAAAUGCCAGAGGAAAGGUGGGGUGCUGGCCCAGAUCCAGAGCCAGAAAGUGCAGGACAUCCUCGCCUUCUACCUGGGCCGCCUGGAGACCACCAACAAGGUGACUGACAGUGACUUCGAGACCAGGAACUUCUGGAUCGGGCUCACCUAUAAGACCGCCAAGGACUCCUUCCGCUGGGCCACAGGGGAGCACCAGGCCUUCACCAGUUUUGCCUUUGGGCAGCCUGACAACCAAGGGUUUGGCAACUGCGUGGAGCUGCAGGCAUCAGCUGCCUUCAACUGGAACGACCGGCGCUGCAAAACCCGAAACCGUUACAUCUGCCAGUUUGCCCAGGAGCACAUCUCCCGGUGGGGUCCAGGGUCCUGAGGCCUGGCCGCACGGCUCCCUCGCCUGCCCUGGGUGCACCGGCUCUGCUUACCUGUCUGCCCACCUGUCUGGAACAAGGGCCAGGUGAAGACCACAUGCCUCACGUCCAAAGAGGUCUUAGAGCUUGCACUCUGCCGGAAGUUGGGCAGAGAGAGGCAGGGAGGCCAGUGAGGGCCAGGGAGUGAGUCUUAGACACUGACGGAGAAGACGCCGCCAGGGGUCCCAAGAAGCUGCUCUCUUCUACCUGGCCCAGGCCCUGUGGGGCAGCGGAGCUUCCCUGUGGCGUGAACCCCACAGGGUAUUAAACUAAGUUAUGAAUCAGCUGAA